GCUCCCGAGGGCGCCAGCGCGGCCCCGGGAAGCGCGAGGAGCCGGCGAGCGCGCGGCCUGCCGUUGGCGGCCUGGUCCGCCCCGCUCUCUCCGCUCGGCGCCCACCCGCCCUGGAAGUGGGGUCCAAGCCUCCGGGAAGAUGGUGUCCUGGAUGAUCUCCAGAGCCGUGGUGUUGGUGUUUGGAAUGCUGUAUCCUGCAUAUUAUUCAUACAAAACUGUGAAAACAAAAAACGUGAAGGAAUAUGUUCGAUGGAUGAUGUACUGGAUUGUUUUUGCUCUCUACACUGUAAUUGAAACAGUAGCAGAUCAGACAGUUGCUUGGUUCCCCCUGUACUAUGAACUGAAGAUUGCUUUUGUCAUAUGGCUGCUCUCUCCCUAUACCAAAGGAGCAAGUUUAAUAUAUAGAAAGUUUCUUCAUCCACUUCUUUCUUCAAAGGAAAGGGAGAUUGAUGAUUACAUUGUACAGGCAAAGGAACGCGGCUAUGAGACAAUGGUCAACUUCGGUCGGCAGGGUUUGAACUUAGCGGCCACUGCUGCUGUUACUGCAGCCGUGAAGAGCCAAGGGGCAAUAACUGAGCGGUUACGGAGUUUCAGUAUGCAUGAUCUGACAGCCAUCCAAGGGGAUGAGCAGGUGGGACGGAGACCAUACCAACCUCUGCCAGAAGUGAAAAAGAAAAGUAAACCAGCCUCCAGCGAAUCGGCAGGUCAUGAAAUCUCACUUAAAGACGGUGAUGAGAAAACAGAUGAAGAAGGGGAGGGGCCAUAUUCAGAUGACGAGAUGUUAACACACAAGGGGCUUCGAAGAUCGCAAAGCAUGAAAUCUGUGAAAACCGUGAAAGUCCGCAAAGAGGUGCGGUAUGGGUCACUAAAAUAUAAAGUGAAGAAGAGACCACAGGUGUAUUUUUAGUCACGUGCACUUCAAGUACCCCAAGACAAAUUAAGCUAAUGCAUCAACUUUUUUUUCUAACAUAUUUAGGAUUUACAUAUUAAAAUAAUUCUUUAA